GCGAUGCGGCAGCUGUAAUUUGCAACGUGGCUAUGCAUUAAAAUAGUUAUAUUUUCUGUUUUCUGUGGCAUUUAAAGCCUUAUCAUCCCCACGGCAUUGUUUCUAUGUAAUAUAUCUAUCUGAACAAUAAAGAUUUUUUUGGUUUCGAAGAAUGGAUGAUUUGAAUGCGCCUGGUGAUUCGGCCCCUAGCCAGCCUGGGAUUCUCUCAAGAGCUUACAGAAGAUACUCGGAGCUUCACCAGCACUAUCUUGACAGAAGUACCCCAUAUGUGACGGCACGAUGGAUUGCCUCUGCUGUUCUCUUGUUGGUCUAUUUUCUGAGGGUUUACAUACUCCAGGGCUGGUAUAUAGUGACGUAUGCGCUAGGCAUUUAUGAGUUAAAUCUAUUUAUAGCAUUCCUUACUCCCAAAAUAGACCCUUCUGUUAAUGAGGAUAUUGAUGAAGAUGGCCCAUCUCUUCCGACAAAAUCAAAUGAAGAAUUCAGACCGUUCAUGCGGCGGUUACCCGAGUUCAAAUUUUGGUAUUCUUCCACGAAGGCGGUUGUCCUCUCCAUGUUCUGCACAUGUUUCGAAGCACUAAACGUCCCUGUAUUCUGGCCUAUUUUAGUCAUGUAUUUCAUUAUAUUGUUUACUAUAACUAUGAAGAGACAGAUUAGACAUAUGAUAAAGUAUCGCUAUAUACCUUUCUCCCACGGUAAGACGAAAUACAAAGGGAAGGAGGAUACUGGAAAAGUGCCUUUGCCUGCAGUUGGUGAAGUGAAUGAAAUUUGAUGGGACCGACAUUAAAAUGCCAUGUAAAUAUCAGAGAUUUCUCCAAGCUCAUCCAAGUGAUAGCCACGGGCGUGUUGGCGAUCUUCUGCCAUGGAACAAUGACAGUGACAUAAUAUUGAGUGCCAGGGCUUGAAAAAGGACACCGUACUCUGCGUACCAGGAGAAUUGGAAACUAUGAUUUUCUUCUCUUCGUUGGCCGUCAGAGCCAAUCGAUGCCAAAAGCUGCUGGAGUCUGUUACUGUUCAAGGUGAAAACUUUAAACAGAUUGAGCCUUUCGUCGGGUUGUGAACUUUAAUAUCAUUGUUUUGUCGGUACAAGGGAACAGAUCAUCUGAGAAAAUAUUGCUGAUUCAGCAUAAUUCGAGGUUACAGACAAUGCGAAAGACUGAUACUGUCCGAAUACAGUAGACACACUCUGGAGUCAGUAAUGUCGUGCAACGUUAUGCAAUGUUACCCAGAUGCCCAGCUCACAUAAUCAACUACCGGGGAACUCGAAAGUGCUAAUAUUAAAUCGAUUGCGGCUUAUUCCCUCCUUAGGUUUUAACCGGGCCGUUCAAAACUCCCCAUUUUUACAAGCGUUUCGCUACAGGUUUCCUUUGAUUAAGAAAACGUCCCAAGGCAAGAUUCAUGAAAUUUUGAGCACAAUCCAACACUAUCCAUAUCGCAAAUAGUGUGCCAGAUUUAUAACUUAUUAUCAACAAGUAGGAGUUAUCAACCCUCAUAGUUCAGGACGUUUUUUUGGCCACAAGAUAUAAUUCUGGGAAACUGAAGUUGCCUUUUCGCUGCGGUGGAGGCUGGUGGUUAGUCACUGGAUAUUUUUGGAGAAUACAGACUUUGGAGAACAACGUAUGAAACGCCUUAGCUAUUCAUGUGUGAAUACUUCAUUUCAUUUUAGAAUUGUUCAUCAUGUAUCAUAAUUGUAUUUGUAUUGAUGAUAAUAAGAAUGUGAGCAGUGGUGUAUUUAUUGUAUAAAAGUAGGCAUUAAAGGGAGACUAUAGGCAGGAGGAGACGGGCUAAUUUGGCCAUCUUCAGUUGACUGGUAUACACAGUAAGGGCCCUUGGUCAUGUCGGACUUAGCACUAAAUAUAUCCCUCGUACAAGCAUGAAUCAUUUUGACCUACUGUGAGAUGUGAGAGACCCCUAUUGGCGGCUUUCUGUAACUUUAUCUUGCCUGCCUAACUCCUGCCUAUAUUGUCCCUUUAACUAUAAGAGACUGAAAUUAUGCCUAUGGCGUAGUUAAUAUGACAUAACAUGGAGAAUUCACCACUGGGUUUUGUCAAGGCACAUGAAGGGUGGUACCCUUGAUAUUCAAGAUGUUUUGCAAGUGUGCAACACAGGGUAGGGUGGCCAGCAAGGUGACCCCUUAAAAAUCAUCGAGCAAGGACGGUGGCUCUUCCAAGAUAGGGUGGUAAGCUGCCAAGGCAGGGUGGGACGACCUGACAAAUGGCCUUGUGGAGAACACUGAACCUACUACGACUAACCCUGAUUUGACUCACUCACACUUGAAAGGAAAACACGGAUAUGGAUGUUUUUCUAUUUCUAAGUAAUUUUUGUGUUUUCCUCUUCGUUGCAUGCACUUCAGUCCUGCUAUAGAGGCCGUGCUGUGACGUCGUCAGGAUGGCCAUUUUGGACGUCAAUACCAUUGCAUCAACCGAGGUGCAAUGGCCAUUGUAUUCAUCGUACGAAAAUCACUUUAAAACUGAUGAAAUUAUACCCAAAUACUUGUCAUUCUCGGUGAAUUAAUUCUUGGAACAGGAUAGCGAAACCUCACUUUUGUUGUUCCGGUGACAAUAAGAGUUCACCACGUGGGUUAGGGGUGUCAAUUUGUCGUCCAAAACGGUCUCCUUUGAUGCGAUGACGUUACCUGUAUGGCCAUUAUUCAAGGUGUAUCAAAUGAAAUGAAUGUGGAGUUAUUUUAUAGCUUUUAAUUUAGGUGCCAUGUAAGUAUGAUCUGUAGGCUAAAUCACAUUGUUAGUAGUUAUUUAUUUGCACCAAUCAGCCUGAAAUACUUUGGUCUGUUAAUAGUCUGCUCGAGGGUCUCAAAUACAACAUUUUUGUUAUGCCCUUACAAACACUACAAAGAUAAAAAGAUAUUUCAGAGGUCUUCUCUUAAAGGGUUACACUGUUUGUAUCCAAUUGUGGGUCAGGAAAAUAGAAAUGCAGUGUUACACAAUGUUGUAGUGCAGUUAUUAUGCAUGCAACUUUGUUGAAACUUGGUUUGUAUAGUAUCAAGUAUGAAUUAAUUCUAUGCUUGAUGGUAUUUGUAUAGCGUCUACACAAUGUUGAAAUUGAUAUUCCAUGUGUAUCAACGCUAUUGAAAAUGUUCAAGCUCAAUUACAAAUUUCAAAUUUUUAACGAAAGGUGUUGGCCUUUAAAUGUGGCUUGCGUUAUCAUGGCUCAGCACUGUGCUGGUUGAGAGGAAGCCCUUUUAGAAAUAUUUGAGAAUGUAAAGUGGUGGAAUGGCAGAGUUUGCAGUUAUCACUUAUCCUGAGUAAAUGUGAGAACUUGUUGUUUCACUUUGAGGUGAAAAUGGUUGUCAUCUUUAAUAAAUAAUUUG